CAUCUCACUCUAGCAAUCAUCAUCGCAAUUUCUGUUCAAUUCAGUGAUAAAAUGCAGCGAAACAUCGUCAAAAAAGUGCAUGAUUUCGGCCUUUUGCGCCUCCAUCUUGGAUAGCCCGUGAAUCACUCAUACCUGAGAGUUUUUCUUCGCUCUCUUUCGCUCUACCUGGCCAGAAGUGGUGACGUCAGGAACCUGUUCGGCUCAGAGUCACAGUUUUCCCUCAAUUCACAUUUUAUCCGUGCCUUCUUGCCUCUGUUGCACAAUCAUUCAUUCUAAGCGUUCCUUUGUGCACACUUCUUUUCAUCUUUACGUGUUAUUGCCUGCAAUUCGAUCCGUCGCCACAACAAACACUGGCAUUUAACGUUAAAAUCACUGACUAACACUCCACUCGCCCCACAAUAAAUUCCCUCAUCUUCUCUCGAUCAAGUUCCGCAAAGAAAAGUGAAACUCACGCAUGGAUUUUCCUCUCAAUUGCAGCAAAUCCAGAGCCAGAAGGCAUAGAGUGUAAUUAUACUAUUGAAAUAAAAACGCCCUGCGCUGGCGGACGCAUUUUGAAGCCAUACACAAAGUGCUAGCAAAACAAGAUACCAAAUUGUUUUGACGCCAUUUUUGGUGGCGCGCAUGAAAAAACGCCCAAAACAUUCGCGAAGAGACUAUGGAAACUGGUUUGUCGCGAGUGAACAAGUUCGCGAAGCAGUGAAGCUCCCAAAAAAGUGGCCACAAGGAGUCGCCAAGAAGAUGGCGAUGCCACGAGAUCUCAGACAAAGUGUCCAAAAUUAUUUGCCAAAGCCCAAAGUGCUUAGCAGCGAACGAUGGCGCGGGUGGUUAGUGAUAUUGGGGGUGAUUUGUGUGCUGCCCACAGGAAUUAGGGCGCAGUGGGAUCAAUACACAACCAGAGAUCCGAGAUUCUAUUCUCGCGAUGGUGUGUACAACUAUAAUCCACCGAAUCCCGGGGAUCCAGAGUACAGGACCUACACUUACAACGACAGACGAUAUGGUUAUUACCAGCCCGCCGGUUAUGGGCACCUGUAUCCCGGUCAGAAGAAGCCUGGACAGUAUCCAAAUCCGCAUGACACACCACUUGGUGAUGAUCGCUUUAAGUUCGACCCGAGCGAUCCCAACACAUUCCAGACACCUUUCCCAGGCGUCCUAGGCGGAUGGCGAGAGGAUCUGCAGGGAAAACUAAGGAGAGACUCUCUCACACUCGAUCGUGAUGUUUUUGUCACCACCAACUAUGGCCAAGUGCAGGGAUUUAAGGUCUACCUAUAUGACAAUCCUGAUCCUCUGUCCUUCUACCGGCCGUGGCACAGCACGGUGGAUAGGAUAAUGGGUCAGUGCUCGGUAUUCCUGGGCAUUCCCUAUGCCUUGCCGCCCACACACGAGGGGCGCUUCAAGCCGCCGCGGCCUCAUCGCGGUUGGCAACUGAUGCAGGCCGUGGAUUACGGUCCAGCCUGUCCGCAGCCCGUGAGAUACACAGGAGCCACGAAGGGCAUUCGGGACAUGGACGAGGAUUGCCUCUAUCUCAAUGUCUUCUCGCCGAAGACCGGUUCUGGAGUGCCCCAGAAAUACCCCGUCAUGGUCUACAUCCAUGGCGGAGAGUUCGUUCGAGGAGCCUCCAAUCUCUUCCCGGCGCACGUUCUGGCGUCCUUCUACGACGUUGUCGUUGUAUCCAUCAACUACCGCUUAGGGGCUCUGGGAUUCCUCUCGACAUUCGACGAGAACUCCCCCGGAAACUACGGGAUUCUGGAUCAAGGCAUGGCCAUUCGUUGGGUGUAUGACAACAUCGAGGCCUUCAAUGGCGAUCGACACUCCAUUACGCUGUUCGGUCCGGGCGCAGGAGCCGCGUCCGCCGGACUCCUGAUGGUCGCACCGCAGACACGCAACAUCGUGACGAGAGUGAUUGCUCAGUCUGGUUCAGCAACAGCCGACUGGGCGCUUAUUGUGGACAAAUAUCGAGCACAGAACACUAGUAUAGUCUAUGGGAAGCUCCUGGGUUGCUACAUCGAGUCGUCCUACCGCCUAGUCGAGUGCCUGCGACUGGGCCGCAGCUUCUAUGAGAUUGCAAAUGCGGAAUUCGCUCCAGACGUGGGCUUUUUCCCCUGGGGACCAGUUCUGGACAUGAAUUUCACCUAUCCAGGUGACAAUUGGUACGAGGGCUGGCGAGAGAAGGACUGGCAGUUCCUCAAGGAAACCCCCGAGGAGUUGAUAAAGAAGGGACAAUUCAAUAAGGGAUUACACUAUAUGACAGGCGUAACAAUGCAAGAAGCGGCAUACGCAAUAUUUCAAAAUGAAACUUUAGCACCUUAUUUCGACAUCAAUGAGGAGUUCGUGGACCAGAAAAUACGGGAAUUGGUUCUGAGAUACAAUUACACCUUGAAUUUAAAUGGAACCUACGAGGCGAUCAAGUAUAUGUACACUCAUUGGCCAGAUCCCUCCAAUAAAACCUACAUUAGGGAGGAGUACAUAAAUUUACUUUCGGAUUUCAUCUAUCGUGCUCCAAGUGAUCAAAUGACAAAGCUUUUAGUGGAGCAAAACGUCCCUGUCUACAUGUACGUUCUCAACACCACUGUAGAAGGAUUGCGCCUUCCGGAGUGGCGCGCAGUGCCCCACAAUGCGGAGCAUUAUUUCCUCACCGGCGCUCCGUUUAUGGACGUGGAAUUCUUCCCCAAGCGAGAUCGUCUGGACAGGAAUAUGUGGACGGACAAUGAUCGCAAUAUGAGCCACUUUUUCAUGAAGACAUUCUCAGAUUUCGCCCGCUACGGCAAUCCGACGCCUCAGCAAGUUCUAGGCUUGCACUUCGACAAGGCCAUCAACGGUGAAUUGCGAUACUUGAACAUCAACACCACAUUCAAUUCCACGAUCAGGAUGAACUUUAGGCAGAAACAGUGCGCUUUCUGGACGCACUACUUGCCAACUAUCGUUGGCGUUCUGGUGCCCACCUAUCCGCCCUCAACAGAGUUCUGGUGGGAGCCGCAGCAUCCGCUGCAGAUCGCCUUUUGGAGCAUCUCGGCGGUUUGUCUGUUCCUCGUGAUUCUCCUAGUGAUCUGCUGCAUUCUGUGGAGGAAUGCAAAGAGGCAAUCUGAUCGCUUCUACGAUGGCGAUAUCUUCAUGGUGGACAACACGGGAGCCGAUGGCGAUGCCGCUGGAAUAGAGAACAUCUCCCAAACACAUCCGCUGCGAUCGCGUGAGAAUAUCUACGAGUAUCGUGACUCUCCUGGCAAGAAAUCUGGCCCACCCACUGACAUUUCAUCCUUGCGCUCGCCCAGUUCUCUGGGCACCACGCACGUCACCACAAAGUCAGGCAGUCAGAGCUCGCUGAAGAGUGCCAUCUCGCUAAAGGAGGGCGUGCAGAAUGGCAAGGAGCCAAGCUAUGAUCGCAACUUGAACAACAAGGGCAAGGGAAGCGACGGCAAAAACUUGCUGGCGGACUUUGAGAAGUCCCGCGAAGCCAUGACCAGCAGUCCGGUGGAGAGCACCAAGACAUCUUCCCACGGCACUCCAGUUCCCGCCAGCCGGAAGACUGUGAAGACCAGCAAGACACAGCUGGUGGAGGGAGUGCCACAGACUGAGGUCUAGCCCUUUGUUC